AUGCUUUUAAAUGCGUUCAGAGUGGAGUAUCUGGAUGUGUUUGUUCUAGAAAUUGAAACAAAAACAUGUUGGCUGCCUUGGAUUCCAGUACAAACUCGAGAUUCUCUAUCUAGUGGUGUAUAUUCGAUUGAUUUUCAAAUAAAUCAACUAUGCUCAAAACAAUUAGGUGUUGGUUUUUUAUUAGCACCCGCAGACUGGGGAUUUUUUGGUUAUUUAGGUGCAAGUGAACGAGCCUGGGCUUAUGAUCCAUAUGAAGGUGCAAUUGUUAAUGCAACAAAUGCUAUUUAUACCGAUUUACCAAAAAUUGAACAACAAGACGACAUUGUGACAUUACAAUUACAUUUAAAAGAAGAAUGUAAAGCGAUAUUUAUUGUACAUAACAUUCAAACACCGACUAUACAUCUACCAAAAAAUUCUGCUGUUUUACCGGCAGCCUGCUUACUUGAACAUGGUCAAAAAAUUACAUUGACAAAUUUUAAAAAUACCAACGUCAGUUCUAAUUAA